UGCGGAGGGGAGGAGCUGAGGUGGCCGGGGCCCGGCGGGGGUGGCUCUCGCCUCCUCCUGGAAGGAGUCCGAGUCCCAGCCCCGCUGAGGGAGCCCGGCUGGCUGGGGAGGGCAGAGCAGCCUGCGAAGGAGCGGGCGGCCCGCUCGCUCUUCUUCCAGGUGAGGCACCGGCUGGAGCGGGGCGACCGAGCAAAGACAGACAGACUACUGUGGCUAGGUCCAAGUUUGAAGAAACAUUCCAGGCACAGACUGAAAAAGCACUCAGCUACCAACAGUACAUGGGAUUCCAGGGGGCAGAUAGCUGAAGUCACUGGAGCUACGACAACUUGCAUCAGCUGAGGAUCUGCUCCCAAGAAUAAAUGAGACUAUCAGAGCAACCCAGUUUGUGAACCUCAGUGGAGGUUGAACAGUCCCUUUUACUUACACCCUCAAGCCUUCGCCUAGCCUACUAGCAUCACUUGAACUUCAGCCACCUUGUUAUAAUCCAAGUUGCAGUUUCUCUUGUGCACUGAUGAACCCCACACUCUAUGCUCUCUGGGUAUGAUGAAAAUUAUACUAUGUUGUGUGUUAUCAGCAAAUUUAUGGCUCAGGUCAGUUCACUGUAUUCCCCAGUGGCCUUGUAUAUACUGAAGAUGAGGAAAUUUGGGUAAUUACUGUGAAAAAUAUUUUCAUUAAACAAAAAUCUAAUAAAAUCCAAAUCUGGAUGUCUAAUGCCAUCUCUCAGUAGAUAUCAGUUUUGAAAUAUGUACGUUAUCCAGAAAGAUUUACUUAUAACUUGGUCUGCCUGUUGUCUUUAUGGUCAUGUUAGAAAUCCUCUGAAAGAGAAGAGUUUGUUGUUGCAGCAUGUUGGAUAAGAUGAUGCAAAAUUAAUAUCUCCGAAACUGUUGCAUCAUUCUACUGAAGUGGAUGACUUGGGCUGUUAUCACAGUUUUAUAGUUCAACACCUUUUCGGAUGAAUGCGCUUUAAACAAAAUCUAGAAUCUUCCUACCUGGAACACCUUUCUAACUUGUAAAGGUUCAUGUUGGGGAGAGGCCUAAAACGCAAGCUGAGUGACUAUGAGGAAAACAUGGCUGGUCUCUCAAGUGCCUUUGAUUCCAGUCGAAAUCUGCCAUAUCCACUUAAAAGGCAGUUAGUGCUGAAUAUGUGCCUCACUAAACUGCAAACUUACAAAAUGCUGGUGGAACCAAACUUACACCGUUCUGUGCUCAUAGCCAACACAGUAAGGCAGAUUCAGGAGGAAAUGAGGCAAGAGAGUAGCCAACAGCCAAUUAAUGUAUGUAGUGGCAUUGCUCCCCAUCCUCACAGCUACCCAGGAAUUGAUUCAUCUGGAAUUUCUUUACAUUUGCCUUCAGGUAGCAGCCAGCAAGAGUCUAGCUGUUGUAACUCAUGGUCUGCAGAAGGCCCAAUUGAAAAUAGCCUGCUGAUGGUUUCAGACGAUGACAUGUCAUCUGCCAUUUCAUCUAUUCUGAAGGAUUUGGACUUCAUGGAAGAUAUAAGUCCACCUACUUCUUUGAUUCCAGCUGGAGAUGAUGAGCCGCUGAAGUCUCCAGAAAACACAUGUCUAAAGCUAGAAGAUGAUAGACAAGAUUUGAAGGGAGCUGAAUGUGUAUUUGGUUCCUUUGAAAUUUCAAAUUCGACCAGUUACUUAAAAGAUUUGGCUAUAGAUGACAUCUUUGAAGAUAUUGACACUUCAAUGUAUGAUUCAGACUUCUGCUCUCCCCUACUAAUGGCACCUAGACCACCUUCUGCUGCUACAGAAGAAACAUUGAAAACCUUCCCAUCUUGCAAUUCUUCCUCAACAAACAAUAUUCCGAUAUGUAGAACAGAUCUGAGUGAGUUGGACCAUAUCAUGGAAAUUCUUGUUGGAUCUUGAUAUUUAUUUAUUUAUUUUUUAACCAAAGAUACUUUCUGUACUGCCACUUAACAUUGGUUUGAGGAUAAAGCCACUGGGAAAGCUGCAAGGAAUUUCUUUUAAAACAAAACAGAGUUGUUCAUGAGUAGUUCUUAAAAUGUCUGUUAUAAAUCAAAAAAGUGGCAGUUUUUAAAAAUAAUUUAUUUGAUAAAUUGUGCAAUCAUCUUUUCCCUUCUGGGAGUGCGUGUGUGUGUGUGUAGUGACAUAAAGACAUAUGCACGUAUCCUUACCCACCACCCCUCACCCCCUUUGAGUAAAUGUUUAUGUGCAAUUUUUAAUUUGUCAGAAGAAUUUACAUACAAAAUGAAUUUCAAAUGUGAAUCUCUUAUGAAGCCUAGAUUUUAUUUUUAAUAUUAAAAUACUUGCCAAGUUGGCAUACAUUGGAGUUGCAUAUUUGGAUUGUGCAAAUCCAUCAGCAUUACUAGAGAUAUAGGUAUAUUUUAAAAAUAUUAAAACAAAUGUCACUUUGGUCGGAAAAGCAGACUCAAGAUACUUGUCAGUGAAGUAUCUUGCAUUUUCUAAAGCAUUCAGAACUAUUUAUUUUUGUAAAUUUUAUAGUCUUUCUACACUUUACUACGUUAUUUCAUCAUAGUACAAAUAUAAUGUAUUUCUAGCUGGAUGUGGCUAGUACUACCUCUAUAAGCUGAAAUGCUUUGACUCUUUCCAGUGCUUUGUCUAAGAUUGCAAGUUUUUUUUUUCCUUUUUGUUUCUCCAUGGUAUUUUUCUGUUGGAGGAAGGGGGGGCAUUUUUAAUUAAUUAGAUCCUUUGUUUGACAGUGAUGACCUAGCUGAUUUGUGAAAUUAAGAGUAUUAACUGUUUAAAAUUUCUACAAGUAUUUGCAAAUGUAAUUUAUAUGUAUAAUAUCCAAUUUAACAUUUUCUGUCAGUAUUAUGUGCUUAGAUUUUAAAUAAUCUUGGCAUUCUUUAAAUUAGCAUUUACUGUAAAGAUAGCUUUUUAUUCUGUUUGGAGAACGCCAUAUUGUCGUCUUAGUCCUGUUUUCACUACAAAGCUUUUUUUUAAUGUGCAAUAUUACUUACAGAUACAUAUUUGCACAGAUGACAUUGUAGAAAGAAAUGCUUUACAUUUAAACUUGUAAAGUAGCACCUUGGGAAAGGUAGCUGAAGAACCAGUGUCUCUGUAUUCUUUUAAGAAAUAAGUUGAGCAUUUCUUAUAGUACCAACAUUUACUGUGUUGAAUACUCCUGAAAUGUUCUUGUAAAUGUGGUGGGUCAUUUCUGAUGACUAAGUACUGUCUUGUGAAAGCUCGGGGGUCAGCUCACUCUGAUGCAGUUGCAGGACUGGAGCCUAAGUGUGCUGAAAAAGUAUGUUUCCAGUACGGAACAGAAGAGUUUGGUGGGUUUUUCUUUAUAUUAUUAGUUGAAGAUGAGGUUUGUAGUGAGAACUGUUGCUCCAUGUGAUAGUGGGAAAUACAUUUUCCCUCAGACUGGGGUUUUUAUUAACCUCUGGAGUGGCUUUCUAAACUGUACAACACUGGUUUUCCCUUGAAACUGUAAAACUGUUUCAGUAUAGCCAUUAACGCUGCAGUACAUUUAGGACAAAAAAGUUUAUAGUGAGUUUUAAAAGCUUCUAUAGUUCAUCUCAGUCUCGCCAUUUCCUAUGUCAUUUCUGUUUUCAGCCAGUAGCAGAAGUUUAGCAGCAAUAAUGUCUCCAUUUUGAAUAAAGAUAAUUUUUGCUUUUUUUUAAAAAGCAUGAACUCACUCAUGUUCACUUCAAUGCCUUUUGCUCAGAGCACUGCUUAGAUCUCCCCUAACAUCCCUCAGUGUGUUUUUUAAAAGUGUUUGCUUUUGUUCCAUUCUUUAAUUUUUUUUGUGGGUUCAGUAUCUGAAAAAAAUAUGAAGAGCAAGAAAAUGUGCCGUAAGUAUUACAUCUUAAAAACAAGGGGUGAAGUCCUGGUCUUGCAGAACAAUGGGAGUUUUGCUAUUAACUUCAGAUAGGCCAGUAUUUCACUUGCGAUCUUUAGUCUUAAAUAUGCUGCAGCAUUGGUUAUCCUGUGCUAAGAUCUCCAUUUCAAACCAUGUGAGUUCCCCAGUUAAUAGUCUGUACCCCAGAACUGUGCAAACCCAGGUUAGGUCACAUUCUCUCAGCCAUCUGGAUUGUUUGGCAAUUGAAGGGUAUAAAUAUAUGUGCUCAAUGUUAAUGGUUCUAAUAAUUAAUCUAGAUAUUCUGAUGGUAUAAAACAUUCUAAAUCAUUGGAUAAGGGAUUAGUUGGGAAAAUGUAUAAAUAGCUACUGAGAAGAUACAGCUUCAGAAUGUACACAGACUGCAUUGUGUAUAGACUACUCUGGCUUUUCUUCAAUCUCUACUUUUGUAUGUAAAGAGAUGCCUCAAUAAAUCCUUGAAAUAUUACUGUGAUGAAGCAGAAUUGGGUUAAAGAUACUUCUAAUGUUGGUCACAGAAAUAAAAAUCGUAUCUAA